CGAGCCCCGUGAGAGCAGCGCUUGCGCAAUACGGCCUUUCCCCUUUCCUCUCGUCCUAGCGCCGAGGCCUGUCAGGGCGGCGCCUGCGCAGUCGAGCCUCUCUUCCCUCCCUCCCUCCUGCUGGCCCGGCUGAGGCGCCUCGACAGGCCGGCCCAGUAACGAGCCUCCUCGUCCUUCCCUUCCUUUCCCUUCGCCGGAGCUCCGUCUCUCUCUCUCUCUCUCCCUCCCCGGGGCUGACGUGGCCCGGGCCCGGCUCGGACAUGGCGGACGGGAGCAGGCAGAGCAAGCUGGCGGCGGCCAAGAAGAAGCUGAAAGAGUAUCAGCAGAAGAAUAGUCCUGGGUCAACAUCUGGAGCCAAAAAGAAACGCAAAGGUAAAGAAGGAAGUAUCGCAGAGACACCUGUUAAUGAUGGCAGAGAGUCUCCGGAAAACAUUCAGAACAUUCUGAAGGUGCUGGUGUCAGACCUUAACCGCUCCAAUGGGGUAGCCAUACCUUCAUUGGACAAGAUAAAGGCAUACUGUGAUGGCGAGAUUGCUGCCCAUAGCACUGAACAGCCUGCUGCUGGCAUCCCCACCUUGUCUAACAGCAACCGUUUGCCUAGCUCUGCCGCUCCAAGUCCUGCUCACAUGCUGAUGUCACAGAUGGGUGAACCUGAUCAUCACAACACAUUAGAAGAUAAUAGGUCCCUCUCAUUGACGGAGAGUCUCCGCCAGCUUUCCGAGCAGAUUAAUGGCAUGGUCAAUCAGCCAGCCACCUAUGUGAACGGAGAAAAUGCCACGUCUCCGACCGAUAUGAAAGAGAUGGCGACACGGUACCAGGAGCUGGCAGUAGCUCUAGACUCCAGCAACCUAACAAACAAACAGCUCAGUACAAAGAUAGAGGAAUUGAAGCAACAGAACGAAGAAGCCAUGAAUCAGCUGGAAACGGAAAAGAAAGGUUUUGAGCAGAGGUUUUCCAAGGAGCAAGCGGCCCUGCGAGAACAGUUGCAGGUCCACAUUCAGACCAUCGGUAUCCUGGUUUCCGAGAAGUCGGAGCUGCAGACGGCCCUUGCCCACACGCAGCAGGCCGCUCGGCAGAAAGCAGGAGAAGCCGAGGACCUCGCUGCUCGGUUGCAGUCCUCUCGCCAGAGGAUAUCUGAGGUGGAGCACACUCUGGCUUCUCUCUCUACGCAGCAGAAGCAGACCGAGAAACACAACAAAGAGCUGGCAAAGGAACGAGAUAACCUAAAACUGGAAGUCUACAAGCAGAGUAAAAGUAGCGAAGAACUAAAGCAGCAGAACUCCGAACUGUCUGAGAAGUUGCGCAGCCUUAUCUCCGAAAAUUCAGCCAUGAAGUUGGAGGUGGAAGAUUUGCACAAGAAAUUGGAAAUGGCAGAGCUAAUGAUUCAACAGUUCUCAAGCCAGCCCGGAGUCCCGGACGCCACACAACAGCUGCAGAUGGCGCUGGAAGAAAGAGCCAGCUUGGAAGCACAAAUUGCUCAGCUGUCAGAGUCGCUCCAGCAGUUGCAGGUGGAACGCGACCAGUAUGUCCUGAAGCUGAAGGAAGAAGGGGAAAUCUGGCAGCAAAGAGUGCAGUUGCUCUCUGAGCAGAUCCGUGCUUUGACAGAAGAAAAGGAGCUGAACAUCACUCGAAUUCAGGAGCUGGAAACCAACCUGACAGAGUUGCUCAGCAGUCAGUCUGCAGUGAAGCCUCAGGAGAGUGAGCCCGCCCCGCCUGCAGGGUUGGCGGAAGCAGAGCUGCGCUUGCAGGAAGAGCUGAGCCGGCUGCAGCGGGAGAAGGAAGAGCUCCGGGACGAGUGCCAAGCUCAGGUGCGAGACAACGAGCAGCUAAGCCGCCUCAACCGCGAGCAAGAGGAGCGCCUGCAAGAACUGGAGAGGGCGCUGCAGCGGUACAGCGAGGAGGCGGUGGACAGGCAGCAGAUCCUGGAGAGCAUGCAGAGCGACAAGGCGACCAUCAGCCGAGCCUUGACCCAGAACCGGGAGCUGAAGGAGCAGCUGGCUGAGCUGCAGAACGGCUUUGUCAAACUGACCAACGAGAAUAUGGAAGUAACAAGUGCCUUGCAGUCGGAGCAGCAUGUGAAGAAGGAGCUGGCCAGGAAGAUUGGGGAGCUGCAGGAGAAGAUGUCGGAGCUCAAGGAGACGGUGACACAGAAAACGCAGGAGGCCCAGGCCCUUCAGGAGCAGCGGGACCAGUACUACACCCACCUCCAGCAGUACACAGCCGCCUACCAGCAGCUGGCCGCUGAGAAGGAGGAACUGCACAAGCAGUACCUUCUUCAGACGCAGCUCAUGGACCGCUUGCAGCACGAGGAAGUCCAAGGCAAAGUCACAGCGGAGAUGCACUUCAAAGAGCUGCAGCAAGCCAGGGAAAGCCUGGAGACGUUUGCCAAAGAGAACCAAGAGCUGCAGGCUCACGUCAGCCAGCUCAUGGCAGAGCUGGACGAUAAGAUGCUUCCGAGGGCGCAAGGAGAUGGCGUAGAAACUGAAGAGAGGGUAGAGGGCCUGAAGAUGCCUUCGCUCACCAUCCCAGAAGAUUUUGAAAGUAAAGAGGAGAUGGUUGCUUUCUUGACCUCUGCCAUGUCCCAAAUGGAGACGGAGCGGGAAGAAAUGAGGCAGCAGCUGGCUGAGCAGAGGAGGCAGGGCAGAGCCCUUCUGCAGCAGAUUGCAGCGCUUAGAACGGAGCAGCAGCGGCAUCUCACAUCGGCGGGAGGUUCUUCUGCAGACUCCGUUCCAGCAGAGGUACACGAAGCCUUAAAAAAUGCCAUGGAGAAGCUGCAGUCCCGAUUCACAGACCUGAUGCAUGAGAAAGCAGAGCUAAAAGACCGGGUCGAGGAGUUGGAGCAUCGGUGCAUACAGUUGUCCGGAGAAACAGACACAAUAGGCGAGUAUAUUGCUCUAUACCAGAGCCAGAGGGCAAUUCUAAAACAGCGCCACCGGGAGAAAGAGGAAUACAUCAGCCGACUGGCUCAGGACAAGGAAGAAAUGAAGAUGAAAUUAACGGAGCUUCAGGAACUGGUGAUGCGUUUGGUCAGUGAAAGGAAUGAAUGGUACACAAAGUACAUGGUGGUGGCGCAGAACACAGAGCCCCAGCCUGGACUGGGGAGCGAAGCUGUGGGUACAGCAGAAAGACGCCUCGAGCUGAAUGCUACGGAUGGGGAAGGACUGCGAGAAGUGAGUUUGUCAGAUGAGCCAGAAGAGGGGUCCGCACCUUCCGAGCCCCUUCCCCACCCCGCGGAUGGCAAAGGCCCGCAGCCUGCUCCUCAGGACCCCACAGCCAAGCAGAUCAUGCAGCUCCUGCGUGAGAUCCAGAACCCUCGGGACAGGCUGGGCCCUCUCUUGGAAAACCCCUGCAUUCCUUUCUUCUACCGGGCUGAUGAGAAUGACGAAGUCAGGAUCAUGGUGGUGUGAUCCGGCACAGCGCAUGUGGAGGAGCCAAAGCCCCCUCGUUAUUUUUUUUCCUAUCCUACAUGCCUCGGUUGCACCAGCAAGGGUCAAUUGUGAUGGAGCUGCUGGGCAGAAUGUGAGUGCCAGGCGUUGCCUGCUUCUUUCCUGCCCUUCCCAAACAGGAUCGUGUAAGGUCACAUCCAGGGACGUUUAGACUGGGUUCCCUCGCUGGUCAGUCGGUUUCACAGGCCACGGCUUUGUUCCACUUGUCACUGUAGCCACUCGCCCGGCAUCGUCCCGCUCAUUUGUUAUGGGGAUGAACGGUUUGGAUCCUCUUUGACUUUCGCCCAGGACUUCAGUCUUUCUGCUUAGGAAGCCAGCCUUCCUCUCUCACCCUCCCCCAAACAAGAGAUUCGCUGGCAAGCCUUUUCGAAAACGUUACUUUUUGUUUUAUUCUGAAAAAAUGGAGAGAGAGAGUCGUGGUGGGUGGUGAGGCCAGGUACCCUUCCCAGGUAGAUCUUGGCUGCUGGGUACAGAUGAUCUGAGGGUGGGUGAAAAUAGGACUGCACUUCUUUUGAAGAUGAUGUACUUUGCCGUCUUGUGUUAGAUGAUUUUAUUUAUUUUUAAAGAUGGGGAAGCCUAGUUUAAAAACAUCAGCAAAUCCUUGGGGAAAAAAUGAAGAUUCUUUUUGUGUUGAUUUCUGGAAUUUCAGUGACCUGUAGUUGGAUCUCAUUUCUUUCUAGCCGGGUAGGGGUUAUCCUGAUGGAGCCUAGAGUUGGGGGGGAUAUUCCCCAGGAAACUGUCGUACAGGAAGUCAGCAGAGUUCCAUGAAAGAGGAGGAUCUUGUCUCCUAACAGAGAGAAAGGUGGCCAAGAGGGACUCCGUACAUAGGCAGUUCCCCUUUAGGAAGCUAUCUGUAGGAGACAUCUCUGUUAUGUCUGCAUAAAGGCAGCCCUGGUAGUAUAACUAUGCUGGGGCUACUACAGUCUUCUGUGAAAGGGUAAAGCCCACCAGCGCCACCGAUAAAGGAGCAGCAGCUCUGCGGUUUCCUCGGAGGGAUCCUUGCCAGUCCCUUCUGUCCUUGGUUCUUCCAUUUUUGUCAGAGCCUUUCCUUCUGGCAAAACCUGCUGCAAGGCGGCACAUCCGAAACCAAAAAGCACACAGGGAAGUUGUGAAAGACACAGCUUCCUCCCCCAGUUUUCCAGUGGAGAACAGCCACAGACUAAAUUCUUGUGCUCUCCAUGCUCUGUAGAUAGAGCUUGAGAGGGGAAGCCUCAAUCGGCAAGUGGAAAAGGUGUCCCAGGAAUCAGCACAGCUUUGAUGGUCAGUGUUACUACUUCAGUGCAUUGUGUUGGGGCACCAGCAAAGCAGGUUUGUGAACUCCUGUUUGCACGAGUGUACAUAGUAUGUAUGUGUAACAUUUUGUAUAUACCUUAAAGAAGAGAAGAAUCCUAUGGUAGCAUUUAGGGCUGCUGGAAGGCUACGCAUAACCUUGUAUUAUAAAACAAAAUUAUUGAACUUCAGCAGAGAGGGGGGCAGGGUAUGUGAUUUAAUAUGGAACAUUGUUAAAUAUUUAUUGGGUGUCUGGUUUUCCAGGAAUGUGAAAGGAAAAACCUUAUUAGAGGAAUAUUGCAUUCUAUGGCAGAGAUAAUUUAACCCUGUUACAAAUUUGUUUUCUGAAUAAACCAUGUUCCACCUGUA